CCUCCAUCACCUCCCGUCUCUUUUACGCACUGAGCCCGAUGAUGCGCGCAGGUACAGGGACUCUGAACGCCACAUUUCCCGCCGCUACACUCCGCAUUUGACUUCAUUUCCUGGACUAAUAUGAAAGAAGUGGAUGUAGAGGUGUGACAACUAUAAUAAAGGAGGCAUUUUUUUUUCUCUUCGUGCGUGGAUCGGUUUGUGUUUUCCUGCACCGAGCGUCAGCAUGGAUGUCUUGGCGAACCACAGCAUCUUUCAGGAACUUCAGCUCGUUCACGAUACUGGCUACUUCUCCGCCAUGCCUUCGCUGGAGGAAAACUGGCAGCAGACCUGCCUAGAACUGGAGCGUUAUCUGCAGACUGAGCCCAAGCGUCUCUCAGAGCUCUUCGAUCAAGACUUAGAUGGCCUUUUAACACCGGCCUACCUAAAGGAAGACGGCGAGGAAGAGCUGACAGAUGAACUCCUCCCCAGCCUUCCUAACCACCCUGAGCCCCCAAGCCCCCCGCCAGCUUCCCUUUGCCCGACACGUAAGAAUUUCCCCUCUACCCCUGCAAUGAAAAGAGACCUCAAACCCAAGAUAGAAAAUGAAGGAAUGGAAGGCGUCCACCAAGCCCAGUUGAGCGCUGUCACCUCCCUGACACCUCCAUCGUCGCCAGAACUUGGCCGGCAUCUCGUCAAACCCAACCAGACGCUGACGGCAUCCGCUGACGGGACGCUAACCUUGAAGCUGGUGGCCAGGAAGGUUGGGCUUAGCGCGGCAAGGCUUGUUGCAGCACAUGCACUCCCUAUGCGGAUGAAGGAUGAAGAGGAGGGAGCUGCAUGUGUGAUCGGGGUCGGGGAGCUACCGGAGAACAAGAAAAGGAUUCACCGCUGUCAAUUUAAUGGCUGUAGGAAGGUGUAUACUAAGAGCUCCCACCUAAAAGCCCAUCAGAGGACGCAUACAGGUGAGAAGCCGUACAAGUGCUCGUGGGAGGGCUGCGAGUGGCGAUUCGCCCGGAGCGACGAGCUGACGAGGCACUACCGCAAACACACCGGCGCCAAGCCUUUUAAGUGCAACCACUGUGACAGGUGUUUCUCGCGGUCGGAUCACUUGGCGCUACACAUGAAGAGGCACAUCUGAGGGGAUUUGAGAGAGGUCAGCG